GGCCAUACAUAGUCAUAUUUUUUUCCUUAUAAUAAUUUUAUUACACAUUCUUACUGUGUGUGUGUUAAAAGUAUUGGGUUUACUGUGUCUGAAUUAUUUACUGUGUCGGAAUUAUUUUCUGCAGCUUUCUUUUAUUCAUAAUGCCUCUCAGCCUGGCACGUCCUGUAAUACUUCUCAGACAAUAAAAAGAGACACCACCAAAUGGAACACAAUUUAACUGAAGCCUGCAGUGAGGCUGGGGACACCUGAAAGAGGGGAAAGCAGAGAAACUGGGAUCUGUGCUUUCUGUCUAACCUGUUUGGAGUAGACUUUGGAGCAUGUUUGCUACUUAGCAGGGAACUGAAAUUCAGGCACAGGAAUUUGUAAACGUUAAAAGUGAAUAUGGGUGAAAAGAAGCCAGAGCCUUUGGACUUUGUAAAAGAUUUUCAGGAAUAUCUUACCCAGCAGACUCACCAUGUAAAUAUGAUUUCUGGAUCAGUUAGUGGAGACAAGGAGACAGAGCCUCUUCAAGCAGCUGGGACAGAAGGUGAUCAGAAUGGUCUCGACCAUCCUUCUGUUGAAGUUUCCCUGGAUGAAAACUCAGGAAUGUUAGUGGAUGGCUUUGAAAGGACAUUUGAUGGGAAGUUAAAGUGUCGAUACUGCAACUAUGCCAGCAAGGGAACAGCCCGGCUCAUAGAACACAUCAGGAUCCAUACAGGUGAGAAGCCACACAGAUGCCACUUGUGUCCCUUUGCUUCAGCUUAUGAACGUCACCUGGAAGCUCACAUGAGGUCACACACUGGUGAAAAACCCUACAAGUGUGAACUGUGCUCCUUUCGCUGCAGUGACAGGAGCAACCUGUCCCACCACCGCCGGCGCAAGCACAAAAUGGUGCCUAUCAAGAGCACGAGGUCUUCCCUGAGCAGCAAGAAGAUGUGGGGGGUUCUGCAGAAGAAGACCAGCAAUUUGGGGUACAGCAGGAGAGCAUUAAUUAAUUUGAGUCCACCUUCCAUGGUGGUUCAGAAACCAGACUACCUUAACGAUUUCACUCAUGAAAUCCCAAACAUCCAGACUGAGGCGUAUGACAGCAUGACCAAACCAGCCCAGAGCAGUGGGUUACCAAGAGAUCCACAAGACCUGAUGGUAGAUAAUCCUUUAAACCAACUCUCUACCUUAGCUGGACAAUUAUCUAGCUUGCCACCCGAAAACCAAAAUCCAGCCUCUCCUGACGUUGUUUCCUGUCAAGAUGAAAAGCCUUUCAUGAUGCAGCAGCCUGCUGCACCCGCAGUGGUCUCAGCUGUGUCAGCAAAUAUUCCUCAGAGUUCAUCUCCAACCAGCCCAGAUCCUCGGCCUACACACAAUCAAAGGAACUACAGCCCUGUGGCAGGGCCCAGCAGUGAUCGCAGUGCCCACACCAGUACUCCCAGUAUAAGUAACAGUCAGCCCAGUACUCCAGCUCCAACCCUUCCCGUUCAGGACCCUCAGCUUCUGCAUCACUGCCAGCACUGUGACAUGUACUUUGCAGACAAUAUCCUUUAUACUAUUCACAUGGGAUGUCAUGGAUUUGAAAAUCCUUUCCAGUGCAACAUAUGUGGGUGCAAGUGUAAAAACAAGUAUGACUUUGCCUGCCAUUUUGCAAGAGGCCAACAUAAUCAGCAUUGACUGAGCACACACUUUCAUUUAGGUUUGUUUUUUGUUUUUUUUUUAACAUAUGACAGUAUAUUUUUCAUACUUGCUGAAGGAAAGCUUGCACAUUCCCACAAGGAAUAUUCACAUUAAUCAAUGUAACAAAGGAGGUAAAUUUAUUUCUUUCUGUGUUGCCGUAAAACUUGCCAGGGAAAUUUUGUAUGAGAUGUGGUUGUGGUUUUCUUUGUAGCCUUUCCAAAAAGCUGAGAGUGCUUAAAGGACUGGAAUGCAUUUUCAUGGUUUGGUUGCUAAACCUAAGUUGCUUGCACUCAAUCCCAAUAAACAUUCUACAAAUGCAGAAGCAGAGCAUGUUUCCUGAAACAUAGGAUGCAGUUAUUGGGCUGUGUACUGGGGCAAGGCAACAUACAUUAACCAUGAAAUAGAAAAGGGUCAUGCAAUGACAGAUGUGGUUACUUUGGAGGUGUAUUUAUUGUUAAAAAACUAGCUACUGCAAACUGGAAAAGCAAAGAGAAGCAACUUUCAGGUACAAAUUCACAUUGAUGUAAAACCUGCUUUAAUCUGAUGAAGGUUAAUUAUAAGGUUUUGUUUAGUAUAGUCUAAACUCUUCAUGCCAGGACUCAAACACUGACUUCAAUUUUAAAACUCACCAUCAAAUGAGAACAGGUUAUUGUGAAUGAAACUUGUAGGAAGGAAGAGUUAAAAUCUUGUCAUUUGCUAGUUAUUCAAAAGAAGAAGUAAUUUUUGAGAGAAUCAUAAUAAAGAGCUUGUAGAACUAAUAUAUACUCCGUGAGAUUUUUAACUGCCUUAAACUGAUUUGUACAGAUAUUUAAGAUUUGCACACUUAGACUUCUGUCUUGCUGAUAGAAGUUCUAACAGAAACAAACAAGAGGUUUACAAAUCAAAAUUUGUUCAGUUUUAUCUCGGGCCAAGCUACAGCUGAUAGGUUGCCUGUAUGUUUUAAAGUUGAGUAAUCUAGUUUAUUUUAAACUUCACCUAAGUUAUGUGUUUUGUCCUCUCCCCCAGAUCUGUUGUGUGCUAGAAAGAAGGGGAAGGGCUUCUGGGUUUUAUUAACUGCUCUUGUAGUAGACAAAGGUUGUGCCUGCAUUUCAGAUGGUGAUUACUAAAUGGUAACUGAAGAUGUACAUGAAAUCCAUUGCACAUGUUUGGUUUUUUUAUACUGUACAUCUUACUCUAGAAGCACCUAGGCUAACAGUCAGGCACUUUAAUAUAAACCUAAAGAAAACAUCCUAGCAAAACUAUUAAAAGCUCCUGAUAUGCUCUCCAGGAAUUUGUAGCAUUUCAGAAAAAUGAAGAACUGUUACUUUUCCCAUAUUUAGAUGUGCACUUUUACCUUAGUUUGUCUUGAGACAAAUUGACUUUUCCCUUCUCUACUCCCCUUUUUCUUGCAGCAAAUUCGUUUUGUUAUAAUCAGGAAGAUUUUAUUAAUGUUUUGCAAACUCAGAUGUUGGAAUCUGAGUAGCAAAUGUCUGGCUUAUUCAAAUUUAUAUUGUGGUAGGAACUAAAACACCCCAAAGCCAGUUGAAAAACUUCAUUAUUUCAGUGUAGGAAAACCAUCAUUGAGAUAAUUACAGCUUUCUAAGUAAUUUUGGCUUUAAUGAAUUAGGAAUUUUUGGAGUAAAUACAUUUCUCUCUGUCUGGCUUAGCUACUGUUGAGUUUUCUGUGCUUAAGUAAUGAGUUCAAGGAACUGGAUUCUGGGCUGCACAUAAUCUGGUAGUAAGCAGGUCAAAUAUGUCACUGAGGUAUUUCCAGUGUAGUGGAGAGGAAUGCUAACACACUAUCUCUCCUAAAAACGUUUGUGGUUUCAGGCAUGCUUGAAAAUCCAUUUCUUUGGAUUUAUAAAAUAGAAUGUAAUUUUCUAUUUUUCACAAUGACACUUUUUAUAAUUUGAAAAAAAUUCUCUGUUGCUGAAUACCUUUAAAAUUUCCUUUAUAAGCAAAACUGUUCUUUUUUUUAAGGACUAGAAGUUGACUGAACUGGAACCCAGUUGGCAGUUACUGCUCCUGUACAGGUUUUGUAACAUGAUGCUUCCAGUAAAAGAGUAAUGUAGAAAUGAUCCCUCUCUUUUGAUCAGAUACUGACACAUCUUAAAAUCUAAAUUUGGCUAAAACAUGAUAUUGGAACAUGAGAUGUUACUGUUGCAGGACAUUACAAUUAGUCAUUUAUAGAGGGAAUUUUCUUUGCUUUUUGAUAGCUGAUGGAAACUUCUGUUCUUAGCAGCUCCAAGGAAAACUCUGACAUGGUGAUGCUCCAGGGAACACCUUCCCAUGUCCAUCACAACAUCCAGGCUCUCCUUGGUUUACAGCUCCAGCCUUUCUCCCCCUUGGUAUCAGCAGGGAGAUGAACUCCCCUGUGCAGGAAUGUUUGGGAUUUUGUCUUUCCCAUUCCCUACUUACCUGGCUUCUGAUCCAUUGGGAGUUUCAUUGGCAGUGCCUGUAAAUGUUAAGAGACUUCUUUUUGGGUAGGUUAUUGAUUUGAUGGGUUAGAAAAAUGACUUCUGAACCAUGAUGCCCCUGAAAGGAAUUUUAGGUAGGAAAAUGGAAAGGAAUUAUACAUAGGAGAAUAACUUAGGUUAUAAUAAUAAUAGAGAGGUUUCUGGGGGCAAGAGGAAGCCUGCAUGGCAAGGAGCCCUCAUUUAGGAAGGGAUCCUCUGUCACAGAGGAGCAUUUGUUCUUCAUAAUAAAACUCAGUGUGGAAAAAAAUCCCCUUAGCUCCAAAUGAUGCAAAUUGCUGCUUGGGCAUAUUUUAAUACUGCUGGCUUAAUACUGUUCUUUCUGUGUCAGAGUACCCAAGGAAAACAAAAUUAGCUCCAAUAUCUGUGAGUGGAAAAUAAAAUUAAAUGCUUUCAUGAAAUGAAAGUGAUAAAAAUUUUUUUAAAAAUCUUUUCCUGUCUUCCCUUGUGCAGGCUGGGGUUUGCAGGGGGUCCUUGGGCAGCCUCAGGCUUUGGUCUUCAUCCUUUAACUGAGGGAACCCCCUCAGUUUCUCCUUCACAGCAUGGCACCCCUCAGGACUGGAAUCCUUAAAUUGUUUUUCAACAUAAUAUUGUGUCUUCAGUUGUGCCAAACAGUGCCCUGACUGAGUCUGUUUCCUUCUGUCUACCAAGUGGGUUUGGUAGGUGUGUUUUCAUGCUGGUUUUUCUUACUUUUGUAUGAAAAGUAAGAGAGAGUAAGACCAGAAUUAGGACUGGAAAAUCAUUUCAGAGCAGGAUCCUGACUAUUCCCAUGCACAAGAAAGCCUUAGAGUGAACGAGGGACGGAGCCCUGGGUUAGGGCUGUUCAUACUGAGUUCCCCAUGUGCUGCCCUACACCAAAUUAUUUGCUGUUUGGUUUCUUUGUUUGUUUUUUGCUUUUUUAAACCCAGAUCCUUAUAUUCUAAGGUGAUGAUGAGCAUUUUAGCUUCUUUUAUCAGGGAAGGUCAGGAAUGAGAUUAAAUUUCUCCAUAUCUUAACUCUGUUAAGUUGUGUAGUUCCAAGAUGUUAACUUUGUGGGGGUUUUUUUAUUUUAUUUUAAUAGAUUAUUUGUAGACAUUUUAACAUGCUCUAUUUAUAAUACACUUAACUUUCUUUUCAAACUGAAUAUUCCACUGAGCAUGCAAAUAUGAGACUGGAGAUAUUAGUAAUUAUCUCAAUAUUUAAACCAACUGGGAGGCAGCUAAUUAGGACUAAGAGUUGUUUUUUUCACAGAUAAAAUAUUUAGAUUAUGAGGAUUUGGACAUAAAGCCUUGAUUGGUAUUUAACAUAAAACUCUGCUGGAAGUCAGGUUCCACUAGUGCUGCCUGGAAAAAAUGUUUUGUUGCAGUUUGUUUUGUUCCAGAGUGUUUGGGAGGUUUGCUUGAUUGUUUUUUGUUUCUUUUUGACAAAGGGAAUGUAAUUUAGGAGUCUUCACUGGCAAGUUUUCUAUUAAUUUUAAGCUUCUUUGAAAAUCUACAGCAAAUGGAUGUUCUGCUGCAGGAAAUCUAUUCCCUGCUGAAGCAUUUUUCAUGGAGCAAUCUUUGUGUAUGUGCUUAGAAGUACUUGCUCUGUUAAUAAUCUGUAUUUCAGUGUAAAGAGCAUAUUUUGUAUGCAAAAAAAAAAAAAAUUAAGCCUGUUAGAGUUGUAAAAUAAA